AUGGCAUCACAGAAGAAAAAGGAAAUCAUUUAUAUGAAACCCAUUAAAUGUAAUCAAUUAAAGAAACCAUACACUGUCAAAAGUAUAGUAAAUAGCUACUGUAGGAAAAAGCACAUUAGAGGUGGUGUGGCAAUUUAUUCCAACCAGUCACUCAAUUGUACAAUAACCAAACUAGACCUAAAUUCCUUGUGUGAUGAACAGCACUUUGAAGUUACGGGUAUAAUCAUUAAUAGUCAUAAGCUAAUAGUAGUAUCCAUGUACAGAUCACCAAAGGGAAGCAUUAACAUAUUUUUAGAAAAAAUGGACAUGCUAUUGAGUGAAUUAAGUAAUAUUAAAUGGCUACAUUAUGAUAUUGCAAUAGGAGGCGAUUUGAAUGCUGAUUUUGAUGUUACUAAAUGUAAGGGUAGUGUUGCAGAUCUGGAAAACUUGCUAAGACAAUACAAUUUACAUCAUGUUAAUAACAGGCCCACAAGAAACAAAGCAUGUUUAGAUAACAUCUUUGUAAACUUCAAGACCACUGAAAACACAUGCGAAGUUGUAGUGUUCCCAUUCUCUGACCAUGACUCCGUAUCUCUAAAUUAUGAAAGUAAAAUUCCCCUCAAUAGGAGCAAUGCAAACAGACCUGUCCCAACAGUUGUGAUUACCAGACCCAUAACUGAGGAUAAAAUUAAAACAUUUCGUAAUUCCCUUGCUGACAGAGACUGGUUUGGCCAUUGUAGUGUCGAUGGACAUUACACAUCAAGUAAUGAUCUGCCAGCCAAAAUAAUAUUUGAUAGAUUUUUUAAUGCAUUCUUGACCCUAUUUAACCAUAGUAUUCCCAUAAAGAAAAUCAAAAUAAUGGACAGCAGCCACAAAUCCAGAUCUCAAAACAGACAAAAUAUAUGGUACACUAAACAGCUGACAGACCUAAAGAAACAAGUUUUGUUACUGUACAACAUAUACAAUAGUAUGAAGUCUGACUGUGCCAAAUCAGCCUAUGUGGAAUGCAGGAAUGAAUACAAAAAAGCCAUCCUGCAAGCCAAAAAAACCUACAAUGCCAACAGCAUACAUAAUUCCACCAAUAAAUGCAAAACUGCUUGGAAAGUAAUUAACAGUGCUGCCAGAGAUACUAAAAAAGACAAAAUUAAUAUCCCACGACAAACACUCAAUGAGUUUUUUAUUAAUUCAGUGAGAGAAAUAGGAGACACAAUUAUCAAACCAGACAUUAGUCCAUCAGAGUUACUCUCCCAAAAUUGGGGUAGACAGUCACUAAAUACAAGCAUGGUAACCUUCUCCGAAGUAUCGCCUAGAUAUGUACAAGGGGUCAUAAAACAACUGAAAUCAUCUGAUAGCUUAGAUAUAUAUGGCAUAUCAUCCAACCUGCUAAAAAAAGUGUGUGACUGCAUUCUCUACCCCUUAACCCAUUGCAUAAGCAAGUGCUUACUUGAGGGAUAUUUUCCUGAUGAGUUAAAACUGUCUAGGAUUGUCCCAGUAUACAAAAAGGGAGAUAAAGACUCUCCAUCUAGCUACAGGCCUAUUCCAAUAGUACCCACAUUCUCCAAGGUAAUAGAAUGCAUCAUGUACCAACAAUUAUCAUCUCACUUUGAGAAUCUAGGAAUAAUUAAUGCUACACAAUAUGGGUUUAGGAAGAAUCUGUCGACCAUUGAUGCAAUCAACAUGGUAGUCAGUUACAUCCUCAAAGUUUUUGAGAACAAAGGCUUUGCUCAGGUCUCAUUCUGUGACCCAAGCAAGGCCUUCGACUGUGUUGAGCACAUGCCACUACUAGAGAAACUAGAAUUCUACGGUGGUGUCCAGAAGCAAACUUUUUUCCUAGGGAUUUGCAAAAGAAACUAUUACAACUGCCACUUAUGUACCCGUAAAGUAAAUGCUAUUCAAUGA